AUGUGCAACGACAGGGAAGGCAACCUGUUGACAGACAAGACUGCGGUGGCGGCUAGGUGGAAGGAGCACUUCCAGCAGCUGUUGAACGGUGAGACACGAGAGGAAAUCGUCGAGGACAGGAUACACGUUGAGGAAGAUGGAAAAGCUGUGGACCCGCCUACGUUGGAGGAAGUAGCUAAGGCUGUUAAAGAGCUCAAGAACGGGAAAUCCGCGGGAAAGGACGGACUUCCGGCCGAACUUUUCAAGCACGGGAGUACGCGGAUGACCGAGAUUCUGCACCAAAUCAUCCUACGCAUUUGGUGCGAUGAACAGCUUCCGACCGACUGGUUAGACGGGCUCGUCACCCCAAUCUACAAGAAAGGGCAAAGACUCGAUUGUGCCAACUAUCGAGGCAUCACAAUCCUCAACGCAGCGUACAAAGUACUCUCCCGCAUCCUGUGUAGCAAGCUGAGACCGAUGACCGAGACCUUUGUCGGCGAAUACCAGUGCGGUUUUCGAGCGGGUCGGUCAACGACGGACCAGAUGUUCACUCUGCGACAAAUCCUCGACAAGUUCCGGGAGUACAACCUGCAAACACACCAUUUGUUCAUCGACUUCAAGGCGGCGUACGAUUCAGUCAAAAGAAACGAACUUUGGAAGAUUAUGGUAGAAAACGGCUUUCCGGCGAAGCUUAUAAGACUGAUUCGUGCAACGCUCGACGGAGCAAAAUCAAGCGUGCGAAUAGCUAACGAGACAUCUGAAGCUUUCGUUACGUUGGAUGGAUUGAAGCAGGGCGAUGCUCUCUCGAACUUACUGUUCAUCAUAGCGUUGGAAGGUGCGGCUCGAAGGGCAGGCGUGCAUAGAAACGGAACACUCAUCACUAAAUCGCACAUGCUGCUUGAAUACGCUGACGACAUCGACAUCAUUGGUAUCGACCGUCGUUCAGUGGAGGAGGCGUUCGUCCCUUUCAAGCGGGAAGCUGCGAAGAUCGGACUGACCAUCAACACUGCCAAGACCAAGUAUCUGGUUGCUGGCAGAGCGCGUGGCAGUGCAGGUGAUGGUGUUUCGGAGGUGGAAAUAGAUGGAGAAAGAUAUGAGGUGGUGGAUGAAUUUGUAUAUCUUGGUACACUUGUGACGUGCGACAACGAUGUGAGCUGCGAAGUGAAACGGCGGAUUAGUGCUGCAAACAGGGCCUUCUACGGUCUUCGUAGCCAGCUAAGGUCCCGCAGCCUAAGGACGCCUACGAAAAUCACGCUGUACAGGACCUUGAUACUCCCUGUAGCUCUUUACGGUCACGAGUCGUGGACGCUAAAGGAGGCUGACCAGAGAGCACUUGGGGUCUUCGAGCGGAGAAUCCUGCGUUCUAUCUUCGGCGGCAAGCAAGUAGAAGACCGGUGGCGCAGGCGCAUGAACUUCGAGCUGUACCAAGACUACAAACAUGCUGAUAUCGUAAAAGUCAUCAAGCACGACAGGCUGAAGUGGGCUGGACAUGUAGCCAGAAUGUCGGACGAGCGGGCGGCUAAAACGAUAUUCAGCAGCGAACCUGGACGGGGCCGUCGGCUUCGUGGAAGGCCUCGUACGCGUUGGCUGUGUGCAGUCGACGAAGAUGCAAGAGCGGCCAACAUUGUGGGCGACUGGAGACGAGCGGCCCAAGAUCGAGCAUCCUGGAAAUCUUCGAUUAGUUCAGCGUUGGGUCGAUAG